UUAAACCUCAGAUUGCUCCAAAUUCAUUCAAACUCCACAGUAAUCAUACCCCUUCUAAACUCUCCCAAUAUCCCAAUCUCCCUACCCCUCAACCCCUUCCUCCCCACCCUUACCCCACUGGCUUCUCCCAAUCCUCCUAAAAAUCCAAUUUCCCGGUCCAUUCCUAUCAAAACCUAUCUUUGAACAUGAAAAUAGCAAGAAGAAGGGCUAAAUUCCAGUGCGGUGGAGAAGUCUGUAGAGGAGGUAGAACAGAUGGACUUUAAACGAGGAUUUAUGAAGAAAUGGGAUUUUCUGGUAGAAGGAAGUUUAGUGAGGAAUUAGUGGUGUGGAUGUGUGUAGUGUUGGAUUUGGGUGAGAUGGUGGGGAAUAUGUGUAGGAGUAUGGGGUUUGGAUUAAAUAGGAAAUUAAAUGGUUUUAGGAUAAAUUGGGUGAAAAAUCUGCGAGCAAGUUUUUUGAAAAUUUUGAAGAUAAAAAAUUAGUUUAGUUCUGUUUGUGGUUUGAAAAUAGUUUUA